AUGGAGGACCAAUUUGGCGGCCGAACCGACGAUGACCUCUUCUACGAUGACUUCGAGCCCGUCGAAAGCGAGCCUAUCGUUGUGCAAGAAGAAGCGCAGCCUGCACCAGACCCAGUACCCGCGCCUGUAGCUCCAGAGCCUACACAGCCCAGACAAACCAGACCCAAGAAGUCAUCGCCGCCCGUCCAGACUUCUAACAACCAUGCGCCGUCACCAUCGCGGGCGCAAUCGCAGCCUUCGCCGCAACCUCAGACCCAGACCAAAGGCGGUAACCUAUCCUCCUCGCGCUUUGCUCGCAAGGGCAACUUCAACAUGAAGCAACAGUCUACACCUCCACCACCGACCAGCAAGUCGCCCGCGCCACCGAGAGAGACGGAGAAGGAAAAACAGGUUGCGGUCACGGACAACAAGCCCAAGGGCGAAUCACCACCACCCAAUACACCUACCGCGCCCGCCAAGGAUAAGAGAUCCCACUCGACGUCACAGAAUACAGCUCUGAACGCCGAGGCAAGACUUCAAUCCGGCGCCAACCCGCGCCAGAAACUCACCGAUGAUGAACUCGCUGCCAAAAUGGAGCAGAUGAAGCUGUUGGCAGCCGAAAAGACGCGUCAGUUUGAGAGGGCUGAAAUGGACGAAAAGCAGCACGCCCAGGCUUAUGCCAAGGGCAUGGAGGACGCUCGUAAACGUAGAGCAGAGGAAGCUGAGCGCAAGCGACGGGGAGAGGAGGAUAAGCGCAAGCUUGAUGACGAACGAGCCAAGAAUCGCGAGCGCAAGCUCAAGGCAAUGGGCAUGAAAGAAGGUGGCUGGGAUGAAGGCAAGGAAGCCAUCCUGGAGGAAGAGGCUAGACGGGGAUUCAGGGGAGCCAACGGCGGAAUAAGAGGUACGAAGCGAGGAGGUCUAGGAGGGAGCAGAUAUGCUCGAGAGGGAGACGAUCAGCCCGAUGUGGACCGCUUCUUAGAUGACCGAAAUCGUGGCCGAGGAAGAGGACGCGGUGGACGCGGCGGCGGCCGUGGGCGAGGAGGGUUUGGCGGCUCAUCACCGAAGCCAGUUGACAGGAACGCGCCUGCUCCUUCACUCACGGUCGACGAAUUCCCGGCACUGCCGUCAGAUGGGACCAAAAAGCGUACGGAGCCAGCUGCACCAGCCGCUUAUCCACCGAAAUCUGCAGCCGCUCCUAUUCCUAAAUUGCCAUCACCACCUCCGCCGGGCAGCAAAUGGGACGAUGAGAUGGAGGCUCUGGAUGAGCUCAAGCAGCAAGGAAAGUCAUAA